AUGGAGGUGUUGGAUAAUGUUGGCCCUGAGGGUUUCGUCUGCCAUCGAUGCGGCUCGCCUCUCACGCACGAUCUUGAACGCAAUUCAACUGGCCACGAGCAGUCGACACGGCUGAACAACCAAUUUAAGUUCAUUACCGAACUGCUACCACGCAUCGACGAAAUGGUGGUUCCGGACAACACGUUCGACAUUGCCAUCAGCAAGGCUCUGCCAGUUGUACGUGAUGCAAGCUAUCAAACGGUUACAACCAUCCCGGUUUCGUCCUUGCAACCGACAGCAGUGAAAGGUCUCGAUAAUGUUGGCCCCAAAUCAAUGUCGGUCAGCAUAUCGACGACAGAUGGCCCGUCCGAGGCCGAAAAGGCGGCUGAGAAGGCGCGCAAAGAAAAGAUUGCGCAACAGAACGCACUUCCCUCUUGGAUGUCCAACAGUACGGUUACAGGUGAAUCAUUUUCUGCACAGGCCGGCCCAAUACCUGCGACCAAGGUUGAAGAAGUGGACGAGAAGGACACCGUAACCAAUUCAGCAGACAACCAGGAACAUGCUGAGCUGGAUGAUUAUUUUGCUCGGCUUAAAGCUGAACAGGCAGCAGAAGCAGCUAGAGCUCUUGAGGAAGAGGGAUCAGACGAUGACGAUGAUGAAGAAGAGGAAGACGAUGCUUUUGAGGACGUAACACCAGUGGGCAAUACCACGCCAGUUCCCAAGAUUGAAGCAUCUGUCGAUAUGGAGGAGCUACCUGCCAAGAGGGUAAAGGUAGAGAUGCCAGACGAUGGUGAAAGCGAUGAAGACGUCGAGUUUGAGGACGUUUGA